AUGCCCCCGCCCCUGCUGGCCCCUGCGUGUGCAGCAGCAGCAGCAUGGGGGCCCCCCUGGGGGCCCCCAACGGGGGUAUUAUCUUUGUACAGCGAGCAACCUGCAGCGGCUGCUCCUGCAUCAACCUCUUGUCUGCGGCUAAGUCCCAUUGAGAGGGGAGAGAAAGACCCGUGUCAAAAAGAAAAGAAAGAGAAAGAGAAACAGCAGCAGCAGCAGCAGAAGCAGCAGCAACAGCAGCAGAAGCAGCAGCAGCAGAAGCAGCAGAUAGAAGGAUUAGGAAGGGGCAUUCAGAGGGUUUACAUAAGACUUGAGGAUAUCGAUGUCUGCAGCAUCAAGGGGAGGAGGGGCUGGAGCAGCAGCAUCUUCUUUGUCUCCUCCUUUGCUGCUGCUGCUGCUGCCGCCAGACAUCUUACCGCCCCUUCAAAUCACCAACCUGCAGCAGCAGCAGCAGCAGCAGCAGCAGCAGCAGCAGCAAGAGCAGCAAGAGCAGCAGCAAUGUGCGCUGGUCCUAACCAAAUAGCUGCAGCGGCAACUGCAGCAACAGCAGCAGCAGCAGCAGCUGGGGCCCCCACAGCAGCAGGGCCUCGGGGGAACCCCGCCUACCAAAGCAGCAGCAGCAGCAGCAGCAGCAGCAGCAGCAGCAGCAAGCAGCAACAGCAGCGGUCAGCUCUAUGA